GGGCGCCCUCCCCUACCUGAAGGACACAGGGUUUCGAGAGUUUCUUUCACCAUGAUUGCUGCCUCGUUGGCUUUGGUCAUUUUGUUGAUUCAUUGUGUCACCUGUGAGAAACCUCUAGAAGGAACCAUCUCCCCUCUGGCUUGGCGCUUCACACACUCCCUGUACAAUGUUACCAUCUAUGAAAACUCUGCUCCCAAGACCUAUGUGGAGAGCCCCGUGAAAAUGGGGAUGUACCUGGCAGAGCCCCAGUGGGCUGUGCGGUACCGGAUCAUCUCUGGGGAUGUGAGCAAUGUGUUUAAAACGGAGGAGUAUGUGGUGGGAAACUUCUGCUUUCUGAGAAUACGGACAAAAAGCAGCAACACGGCCCUUCUGAACAGGGAGGUGCGAGACAGUUACACUCUCAUCAUCCAAGCCACAGAGAAGACCUUGGAGUGGGAAGCUCUGACCCGUGUCGUGGUCAGCAUCCUGGACCAGAAUGACCUGAAGCCACUCUUCUCCCCACCUUCAUACAGAGUGACCAUCUCUGAGGACACGCCCCUCAAGAGCCCCAUCUGUAAAGUGACGGCCACAGAUGCUGACUUGGGCCAGAACGCCGAGUUCUAUUACACCUUUAACACAAGGUCAGAGGUGUUUGCAAUCCAUCCCACCAGUGGGGUGGUCACUGUGGCUGGGAAGCUCAAUGUCACCUGGCGAGGGAAGUAUGAACUCCAGGUGCUGGCUGUGGAUCGCAUGCGAAAACUGUCUGAGGGCAAUGGGUUUGGCAACUUGGCUGCCCUUGUCAUCCACGUGGAACCUGCCCCCAGAAAGCCCCCUGCCAUUGCCUCAGUGCUCGUGACUCCAUCAGAUGGCGAUGAAGGUACCACCUAUGCCACUGCAGUGGUCGAUGCAAAUGGCGCAGGAGCCCAAGUGGAGUCACUGGAGAUUGUUGGUGGUGACCCUGGAAAGCACUUCAAGGCCAUCAAGUCCUAUGCAGAGAGCAAUGAGUUCAGUCUGGUGUCUGUCAAGGACAUUGACUGGGUGGAGCACCCCCACGGAUUCAACCUCAGCCUCCAGGCCCGGAGUGGGAGCAGAGCUGUCUCCCAUUCCCACAUCAGGGCUUUUCACCUCCCACCUUCCAAGCUCUCCUCUCUCAAGUUUGAAAAGGCCGUUUACAGAGCACGGCUCCUUGAGUUCUCUCCUCCUGGCAGUCGCGUGGCACUGGUGAGAGUGACACCAGCCUUCUCUACCCUGCAGUAUGUUCUAAAGCCAUCCCCUGAGAACACAGGCUUUAAACUUAACGCCCACACUGGACUGAUCACCACCACAAAGCUUAUGGACUUCCAAGACCGAGCCCACUACCAGCUCCACGUGAGAACCUCACCAAACCUGGCCUCCACUACAGUGCUCAUUGACAUCGUGGACUGUAACAACCAUGCCCCUGUCUUCAACAGGUCUUCCUAUGAUGGCAUGUUGGAUGAGAACAUCCCUCCAGGCACCAGUGUUUUGACUGUUACAGCCACAGACUGGGACCAUGGGGAGAAUGGCUAUGUCACUUAUUCCCUCUCUGGCCCCAAAGCUGUGCCAUUCUCUAUUGACCCUUACCUGGGGGUCAUCUCUACCACCAAACCCAUGGACUAUGAGCUCAUGAAAAGAAUUUAUACCUUCCAGGUGCGGGCGUCAGACUGGGGAUCCCCUUUUCGCCAGGAGAAGGAAGUGUCUGUUUCUCUUAGGCUCAGGAACUUAAAUGACAACCAACCUAUGUUCGAGGACGUCAACUGCACUGUGUCUCUGCACCAAGAUUCACCAGCAGGGACAUCAAUAAUUACGAUGUCGGCCAUAGAUGUGGAUGAGCUUCAGAAUCUAAGGUACGAGAUUGUGUCGGGCAACGAGCAAGAAUAUUUUGAUCUAAAUCAUUUCUCCGGGAUGAUAGUCCUCAAGCGCUCGUUUAUGAAUCUCACUGCUGGCCAGUCUAUCAGUUAUUCCCUGAAAAUUACAGCCUGGGAUGGCAAAAAUUAUGCCUCGCCCACAACUUUGAAUGUGACUGUGGUGAAGGAUCCUCGUUCUGAGGUCCCUGUAAUGUGUGAGAAAACAGGAGUGUUGAGACAUUUCACAAAGACCAUCCUGCACUCUGUUGGACUUCAGGAUCAGGAGCCCAGUGAUGACGAAUUCACUUCUCUCAGCACAUAUCAGAUCAAUCGCCACACCCCCCGAUUUGAGGACCACUUCCCCCAAUCCAUUGACAUCUUUGAGCAAGUUCCCAUCAAUACCCCCUUGGCCCACCUGGCGGCCACUGAUCCUGAUGCUGGCUUCAAUGGCAAACUGGUCUACGUGAUCACAGAUGGCAAUGAGGAGGGCUGCUUUGACAUUGAGCUAGAGACAGGGCUACUCACACUAGCUGCACCGUUGGACUACGAAACCACCAGUUUCUAUGUCCUCAAUGUAACAGUGUACGACCUGGGCACACCCCAGAAGUCAUCCUGGAAGCUGUUGACAGUGACUGUGAAAGACUGGAAUGACAAUGCUCCCAGGUUUCCUCCAGGAGGGUACCAGCUCAGUAUUGCAGAGGACACAGAAGUUGGAACCGUCAUUGCAGAGCUAAAAACAAAAGAUGCUGAUUCGGAGGACAAUGGGAGGGUUCGCUAUACCCUGCUGAGUCCCACAGAGAAGUUCUCCCUCCAUCCUCUCACUGGGGAGCUCGUUGUCACAGGACCGCUGGACCGAGAAUCAGAACCUCGGUAUGUACUCAAGGUAGAGGCCAGGGAUCAACCCAGGAAGGGCCACCAGCUCUUCUCUGUCACUGACUUGAUAGUCACAUUGGAAGAUACCAAUGAUAAUUCUCCACAGUGCAUCACAGAACGCAAUAGCCUGAAGGUCCCAGAGGACCUGCCCCCUGGGACUAUUUUGACAUUCCUGGACGCCUCUGAUCCUGACCUGGGCCCUGCAGGUGAAGUGCGAUAUAUCCUGUUGGAUGAUGACCAUGGGACCUUCCGGGUGGACCUGACAACUGGGGCUCUGAGUCUGGAGAAAGAGUUGGACUUUGAGAGGCGGGCUGGGUACAACUUGAGCCUGUGGGCCAGUGACAGUGGGAGGCCGCUGGCCCGCAGGACACUCUGCCACGUGGAGGUGAUAGUCCUGGAUGUGAAUGAGAAUCUGCACCCACCCCGCUUUGCCUCCUUUGUGCACCAGGGUCAGGUGCAAGAGAACAGUCCCCCAGGGACUCAGGUGAUGCUCGUGGCCGCCCAUGAUGAGGAUGGAGGCUUGGAUGGGGAGCUCCAGUACUUCUUGCGGGCUGGCACUGGCCUGGAAGCCUUCAGAAUCCACCAGGACACAGGAAUGAUUCAGACUCUGGUGCCUCUGGACCGAGAAUUUGUACCCUUCUACUGGUUGACAGUACUGGCUGUGGACAGGAGUUCUGUGCCACUCUCUUCUGUUACUGAAGUCUACAUUGAGGUUACAGAUGUCAAUGACAACCCACCCAGGAUGUCCAGACCCGUGUUCUAUCCCUCCAUCCAGGAGGAUGCACCCUUGGGUACUUCUGUGCUUCAGCUGGAUGCCUGGGACCCGGAUUCCAGCUCUCAAGGGAAACUCACAUUCAACAUCACCAGUGGGAACCACAUGGGAUUCUUCGUUAUUCACCCUUCCACAGGUGUCCUAGCCACAGCCCGGCUGCUGGACCGAGAGAACAAGGAUGAGCACAUUCUGGAGGUGACUGUGCUGGACAAUGGGGAGCCGUCCCUGAAGUCCACCUCCAGGGUGGUGGUAUGCAUCUUGGACGUCAAUGACAACCCACCUGUUUUCUCCCACAAGCUCUUCAAUGUCCGCCUUCCAGAAAGGUUGAACCCGGGGUCCUCUGGAUCCAUAUACAGGCUGGUGGCUUCAGAUCCAGAUGAUGGUCUCAAUGGCAGUGUCACCUACAGCAUUGAGGAGAGUGACGAAGAGGGCUUCAGAAUCGAUCCAGUCACAGGGGUGGUGUCAUCCAGCAGCGCCUUUGUUGCUGGAGAGUACGACAUCCUAACGAUUAAGGCAACAGACAGUGGGCUGCCACCACUCUCAACCAGCGUCCGGCUACACAUUGAAUGGAUCCCCCAGCCUCGGCCAUCCUCCAUACCACUAGCCUUUGAUGAGACCUACUACAGCUUUACAGUCAUGGAGACAGACCCUGUAAACCACAUGGUGGGGUUCAUCAGUGUAGAGGGCCGGCCUGGCCUCUUUUGGUUCCACAUCUCAGGUGGAGAUAGGGACAUGGAUUUUGACAUUGAGAAGACCACUGGAAGCAUAAUUAUUGCAAGGCCUCUUGAUACAAGAAGAAGGUCGAGCUACAACUUGACGGUGGAGGUGACGGAUGGCUUCCACACCAUUGCUACCCAGGUCCACAUCUUCAUGAUUUCCAAUGUUAACCAUCACCGACCUCAGUUUCUGGAAGCUCAUUAUGAGGUCAGAGUCCCCCAGGACACACUGCCUGGGGUCGAGCUCCUCAGAGUCCAGGCCACGGAUCAAGACAAAGGCAAGGGCCUCAUUUACACCAUACAGGGCAGCCAAGACCCGGGAAGUGCCAACCUCUUCCAGCUGGAUCCUAGCAGUGGUGUCCUGGUGACUGUAGGGAAACUGGACCUGGGCUCGGGGCCUUCCCAGCACACGUUGACCAUUAUGGUCCGAGACCAAGAGAUGCCCGUUAAGAGGAACUUCGUGUGGGUGACCAUUCACGUGGAGGAUGGAAACCUUCACUCACCCCGCUUCACCCAGCUCCAGUAUGAGGCAAGUGUUCCUGACACCACAGCCCCUGGCACAGAGCUGCUGCAGGUCCGAGCUGUGGAUGCUGACCGGGGAGUCAACGCUGAGGUCCACUACUCCUUCCUGAAAGGCAACAGCGAGGGUUUCUUCAACAUCAAUUCCCUCCUAGGCAUCAUCACGGUAGCCCAGAAAUUUAAUCGAGCAAAUCAUGUCCAGCAUACAUUGGCUGUAGAGGCAGAAGAUCAAGGCUCCCCUCAGAGGCAUGACCUGGCUACAGUGAUCAUUCAUGUCUACCCCUCAGAUAGCAGUGCCCCAAUUUUUUCAAAACCUGAGUACUUUGUAGAGAUCCCAGAAUCAAUCUCUCUCGGCUCCCCAAUCCUUCUCAUCUCCACAACAAGCCCCUCUGAAGUUACCUAUGAGUUAAGAGAGGGAAACAAGGAUGGCGUGUUCUCUAUGAACUCAUAUUCUGGGCUCAUUUCCACCCAGAAGAACUUAGACCACGAGAAAAUCUCAUUUUACCAGCUGAAAAUCCGAGGCAGGAAUAUGGCAGGUGCAUUUACCGAUGUUGAGGUACUUGUUCACAUAAUUGAUGACAAUGACAAUGCUCCCAUGUUCUCAAAGCCAACCUUUGUGGGCCAAAUUAGUGAAUCGGCACCAUUGCACAGUAUGGUCAUGGGUGAAGACAACAACCCGUUUGUGAUCCAUGCUUCAGACCGUGACAAAGAAGCUAAUGCCUUGUUGGUCUAUAAAAUUUUAGAGCCAGAGGCCUUAAAGUUUUUCAAAAUUGAUCCCAGCAUGGGAACCCUGACCAUUGUAUCAGAGAUGGACUAUGAGAGCAUGCCCUCUUUCCAAUUCAACGUCUAUGUCCAUGACCAAGGGAGCCCCAUCUUAUUUGCACCCAGGCCUGCCAAGGUCAUCGUCAGUGUCAGAGACGUGAAUGACUCUCCUCCCAGGUUCUCAGAACAGAUCUAUGAAGUAGCAGUAGUGGGACCUACCCACCCAGGUAUGGAGCUCUUAGUGGUGCAGGCCAGUGAUGAUGAUUCAGAAGUCAGCUACAGCAUCAAAACUGGAAAUGCUGAUGAAGCCGUUGCCAUUCAUCCCAUCACUGGUCGCAUAUCCGUGCUGAAUCCUGCUCUCCUGGGACUCUCUCGGAAGCUCACCAUUAGGGCUUCUGAUGGUUUGUAUCAAGACACUGCACUGGUCAAAAUUUCUUUGACCCAAGUUCAAGACAAAAGUUUACGGUUUGAUCAAGAUGUGUACAGAGCAAGAGUGGAAGAGAAUGUGAAGGACAGAAAGGCCCUAGUGAUUCUCGGUGUCCAGGGAAACCAUUUGAAUGACACCCUUUCCUACUUUCUUCUGAAUGGCACAGAUUUGUUUCAAAUGGUCAAGUCAGCAGGGGUGUUGCAAACAAGAGGAGUGGCAUUUGACCGGGAGCUGCAGGACAUUUACGAGGUGGCAGUGGAAGUGAGGGACAAUCGGAUGCCUCAGAGGGUAGCUCAGGCUCUGGUCAGGGUCUCUGUUGAGGAUGUCAAUGACAAUCCCCCUGAGUUUAAGCAUCUACCCUAUUAUACAAUCAUCCAAGAUGGCACAGAGCCAGGGGAUGUCCUGUUUCAGGUAUCUGCCACUGAUGAGGACUUGGGGGCCAAUGGGACAGUCACAUUUGCAUUUGCAGAAGAUUACACGUAUUUUCGAAUUGACCCCUAUGUUGGGGACAUAUCACUCAAGAAGCCCUUUGAUUAUCAAGCUUUAAAUAAAUAUCGCCUCAAAGUAAUUGCUCGGGAUAGAGGAAGCCCGUCCCUACAGACUGAGGAAGAGGUACUUGUCACUGUGAGAAAUAAAUCCAACCCGCUGUUUCAGAGUCCUUACUACAAAGUGAGAGUACCUGAAAAUAUCACACUGUAUACACCAAUUCUGCACACACAGGCCCGGAGCCCCGAGGGGCUUAGGCUUAUCUACAACAUUGUGGAGGAAGAGCCCUUGACACUGUUCACCACUGACUUUAAGACAGGUGUUCUCACAGUGACAGGACCUUUGGACUAUGAGGCUAAGAGUAAACAUGUGUUCACAGUCAGAGCCACAGACACGGCUCUGGGCUCAUUUUCUGAAGCCACAGUGGAAGUCCUAGUGGAGGACGUCAAUGAUAACCCUCCUACUUUUUCCCAGUUGGUGUACACCGCCUCCGUCUCAGAAGGUUUGCCUGCUCAGACCCCUGUGAUCCAACUGUUGGCUUCUGACCAAGACUCAGGGCAGAACCGGGAUGUCUCCUACCACAUCAUGGAGGAUGGCUCGGGUGUUUCCAAAUUCUUUCAGAUCAAUGGGAGCACGGGGGAGAUGUUCACAGUUCAAGAGCUGGAUUAUGAAGCCCAGCAACACUUUCACGUGAAGGUCAGGGUCAUGGAUAGAGGAGAUCCCCCACUCACUGGUGAAACCCUUGUGAUUGUCAAUGUGUCUGACAUCAACGACAACCCCCCAGAGUUCCGACAGCCUCGCUAUGAAGCUAAUGUCAGUGAGCUAGCAACUUGUGGACACCUGGUACUUAAAGUUCAAGCUCUUGACCCUGACCUCAGGGACACUUCCCAUCUGGAGUACCUGAUUCUUUCUGGCAAUCAGGACAGGCAUUUCUCCAUUAACAGCUCAUCAGGGAUCAUCUCUAUGUUCAACCUUUGCAAAAAGCAACUGGACCCUUCUUACAAUUUGAGGGUAGGUGCUUCUGAUGGGGUCUUCCAAGCAAGUGUGCCUGUGUAUAUAAGCACUACAAAUGCCAAUAAGUAUAGCCCGGAAUUCCAGCAGAAUGUGUAUGAGGCAGAAUUAGCUGAAAAUGCAAAGGUGGGAACAAAGGUGAUUGAGUUGCUGGCCAUAGACAAAGACAGUGGUCCCUUUGGCACUGUAGAUUAUACUAUCAUCAAUAAACUAGCAGGUGAAAAGUUCUACAUAAACCCCAGUGGCCAGAUCACCACUCUGCAGAAACUUGAUCGGGAAAAUUCAACUGAAAGAGUCAUUGCUAUUAAGGUCAUGGCUCGUGAUGGAGGGGGGAAGGUGGCCUUCUGUACCGUAAAGAUCAUCCUCACUGAUGAAAAUGACAACCCUCCACAGUUCAAAGCCACUGGGUACACCCUGUCCAUCCCAUCAAACGUCAGUAAAGACUCCCCAGUCAUCCAGGUGCUGGCUUACGAUGCAGAUGAAGGUCAGAAUGCAGAUGUCACCUACUCAGUGGACCCAAUGGAGGACUUGGCUGGAGAGAUCAUUGACAUCAACCCAACCACCGGUGUGGUCAAGGUGAAAGAGAGCCUGGUGGGACUGGAGAACAGGGCUGUUGACUUCAGAAUCAAAGCCCAGGAUGGCCGCCCUCCUCACUGGGACUCUCUGGUACCUGUACGACUUCAGGUUGUUCCUAAUGAAGUAUCCUUGCCCAAAUUUUCUGAACCUCUGUAUUCUUUCUCUGCACCUGAAGACCUUCCAGAAGGGUCUGAAAUUGGAUUCGUUAAAGCAGUGGCAGCUCAAGACCCAAUCAUCUACAGCCUAGUGCAGGGCACCACACCAGAUAGCAACAAGGAUGGUGUCUUCUCCUUAGACCAAGACACAGGGGUUCUAAAGGUGAGGAAAGCCUUGGACCACGAGUCCACCAAAUGGUACCAGAUUGAUCUGAUGGCGCAUUGCCCCCAUGAGGAUACUGACUUGGUGUCCUUGGUCUCUGUCAAUGUCCAAGUUGUAGAUGUCAAUGACAAUAGGCCGAUAUUUGAGGCUGAUCCAUACAAGGCUUUCCUCACUGAGAAUAUGCCAGGGGGGACCACAGUCAUCCAAGUGACUGCCAAUGACCAGGACACUGGGAGUGAUGGGCAGGUGAGCUACAGGCUGUUAGUGGAGCCUGGUAGCAAUGCCCACGAGCUCUUUGCCAUUGACAGUGAGAGCGGCUGGAUCACCACACUUCAGGAACUUGACUGUGAGACCCGCCAGACCUAUCGUUUUUAUGUGGUGGCCUACGACCAUGGACAGACCGUCCAGCUAUCUUCCCAGGCCCUGGUCGAGGUCUCCAUUACAGAUGAAAAUGACAAUGCUCCUCGAUUUACUUCUGAAGACUACAGAGGCUCUGUGGUUGAGAACAGUGAGCCUGGUGAACUUGUGGCCACCCUGAAGACCUUGGAUGCUGACAUCUCUGAGCAGAAUAGACAGGUCACCUGCUACAUUACAGAGGGAGAUCCCCUGGGCCAGUUUGCCAUCAACCAAGUUGGCGAUGAAUGGAGGAUCUCCUCAAGGAAGACCCUGGACCGAGAGCACGUGGCCAAGUACUUGCUCAGAGUUACGGCAUCUGACGGCAAGUUCCAGGCUUCUGUCCCUGUGGAGGUCUUUGUCCUGGACAUCAAUGAUAACAGCCCACGGUGCUCACAGCUUCUCUAUACUGGCAAGGUCCGUGAAGAUGUGUCUCCAGGACACUUCAUUUUGAAAGUUUCUGCCACAGACUUGGACACUGAGACGAAUGCUCAGCUCAUGUACUCUCUGCAUGGCCCUGGGGCGCGUGAAUUCAAGCUGGAUCCUCAUACAGGGGAGCUGACCACACUCAUAGCCCUAGACCGAGAGAAGAAGGAUGUGUACAACCUUGUUGCCAAGGCAACAGAUGGAGGUGGCCGAUCAUGCCAGGCAGAUGUGACUCUCCACGUGGAGGACGUGAAUGACAAUGCCCCACGGUUCUUCCCCAGCCACUGUGCUGUGGCUGUCUUUGACAACACCACAGUUAAGACCCCUGUGGCUGUGGUAUUUGCCCGGGACCCUGACCAAGGUGCCAACGCCCAGGUGGUUUACUCUCUGACGGAUUCUGCAGACGGCCAGUUCUCCAUCGAUGCCACCUCGGGCGUGAUUCGGCUGGAGAAGCCCCUGCAGGUCAGGCCACAGGCAGCGCUGGAGCUCACCGUCCGCGCCUCCGACCUGGACCCGAUACCGCUGUCCACUCUGGGCUCCGUCUCCGUUUCGGUGGUGGGCCUCGAAGACUACCUGCCUGUGUUCCUGAACACCGAGCACAGUGUGCGGGUGCGCGAGGACGCCCCGAUGGGCACCGAGGUGCUGCAGCUGGCGGCCCUCACGCGUCCCGGGGCCGAGAAGACCGGCUACCGCAUCCUGGGCGGCAACGAGCAGGGCAGGUUCCGCCUGGACACUCGCACAGGGAUCCUAUACGUCAACAGAAGUCUGGACUUUGAGACAAAUCCCAAGUACUUCCUAUCCAUAGAGUGCAGCCGGAAGGGCUCUUCCUCCCUCAGUGACGUGACCACCAUUGUAGUCAACGUCACUGAUGUCAACGAACACCGUCCCAGAUUCACCCAGGAUCUGUAUGGUGCCAGAGUCUUAGAGAAUGCCAUUGUGGGUGACACCAUCCUCACAGUGUCGGCAAUUGAUGAGGAUGGACCCCUAAACAGUAACAUUACCUAUAGCCUGGUAGGAGGGAAUCAGCUCGGACACUUCAGCAUCCACCCCAAGAAGGGGGAGCUGCAGGUGGCUAAGACCCUGGACUGGGAACAGACACCCAGCUACUCCUUGAGACUCCGAGCCACAGAUAGCGGGCAGCCCCCACUGCAUGAGGACACUGAUGUUGGCAUCCAGGUGGUUGACGUCAAUGACAACCCACCAAGAUUCUUCCAGCUCAACUAUAGCACCACUGUCCAGGAGAACUCCCCAAUUGGCAGUAAAGUCCUGCAGCUGAUCCUGAGUGACCCCGACUCUCCUGAGAAUGGCCCCCCUUACUCAUUCCGAAUCACCAAGGGGAACCCUAACUCUGUCUUCCGAGUGACUCCAGAUGGGUGGCUGGUGACCAAAGCAGUCCUGAGCAGGAGGGUCCAGCAAUGGUACCAGCUUCAGAUUGAGGCAUCAGACAGUGGUAUCCCUCCCCUGUCAUCUUCAGCACCGGUCAGAGUCCACGUCACGGAGCAGAGCCGUUACCCACCCUCUGCCCUCCCAUUGGAGAUCUUCAUCACCAUCGGGGAGGAACAGUUCCAGGGUGGCAUGGUGGGUAAAAUCCACGCGACAGACCGAGACCCUCAGGACACACUGACUUACAGUCUGGCAGGAGAGGAGACCCUAGGCAGGCGCUUCUCCGUGGGCGCAGCUGAUGGCAAGAUUGUCGCUGCCCAGGGACUGCCUCAUGGCCGCUACUCGUUCAACGUCACAGUCAGCGAUGGGACUUUCGCCACCACUGCUGGGGUCCAUGUCCACGUGUGGCACAUGGGGCGGGAGGCUCUGCAGCAGGCUGUGUGGAUGUGCUUCCACCAGCUCACCCCAGAGGAGCUGGUGAGCGACCACUGGCGGAACCUGCAGCGCUUCCUCAGCAACAAGCUGGACAUGAAGCGAGCCGACAUCCACCUGGCCAGUCUGCAGCCCGCCGAGGACGUGGCUGGUGUGGACGUGCUCCUGGUCUUUGAGGGACGUUCUGGGACCUUCUACAGCCUCCAGGAGCUGGCGUCCAUCAUCACUCAGUUAACAAAGGAUAUGGAGCACUCAGUAGGAAUUCAGAUGAGGUCAGCCAUGCCUGUGGUGCCCUGCCAAGGGCCGAAGUGCCAGCCCCAAGCCUGCCAAGAGACCGUGCACCUGGACCCCAAGGUUGGGCCCACGUACAGCACGGCCAGGCUUAGCAUCCUAACACCACGGCACCGCCUGGAGAGGAACUGCUCCUGCAAUGGUACUGCCACCAGGUUCAGCGGUCAAAGCUACAUGAGGUAUAGGCCCCCAGAGGCUCAGAAAUGGCGCAUCCAUUUCUACCUGAAAACACUGCAGCCACAGGCCAUUCUCUUGGUCAUUAAUGACACAGCAUCCAUUUCCCUGAAGCUGGUCAGUGGAGUGCCCCAGCUGGAAUACCGCUGUCCGCAUGGUUUCUAUGGAAACCUUUCCUCCCAGCAUCAUGUGAAUGACCAAGAGUGGCACUCUGUCCUGCUGAAGGAGACGGACACUUCUGUUCACCUGUUGGUUGACAGCACAGAAAACACCUCCCUUGCUGUCCCAGAGAACUGCCGGGGUCUGAGGCCUGACAGAUACCUCUUGCUGGGUGGUCUUGUCCCCUUGCAUUCUUCCUCCAAUGUCUCCCAGGGUUUCAAUGGCUGCCUUGAUGUUGUCAUGGUCAAUGGAGAGAGGCUGGAGCUGCUGGGACACAGCAAGACAACAGUGGGCUUACUGGAGAGACAGGCUCUUGGCCAGUGCUGCCAGCACAGUGAUGACUGCAGCCAGAACCCAUGCCUUAAUGGUGGAAGGUGCUCACAGGCCCCCGGAGCAGGCUACAUCUGCAGUUGUCCCCCAUCCUUCUCUGGGAGGCACUGUGAGCACGGAAGGGAGAACUGCACUUCUGUACCUUGCCUGGAAGGGGGGACUUGUGUCUCCUCCCCUGAAGGAGUUUCCUGUAACUGCCCUCAUCCCUACACUGGUGACAGAUGUGAAAUGAAGGCAAGAGGCUGCUCAGAAGGACACUGCCUAGUCACUCCUGAGAUCAAGAGAGGGGACUGGGGACAGCAGGAGUUACUGAUUAUCUUUGUGGUCAUACUGUUCGUCCUUGUAUCCACCGUUGGGCUUCUGCUCUACUGCCGCCGCUGCAAGUCUCACAAGCCUGUGGCCAUGGAAGACCCAGACCUCCUGGCCAGGAGUGUUGGUGUUGACACUCAAGCCAUGCCUGCCAUUGAACUUGACCCCCUGAGCACCAGCUCCUGCAACAACUUGAACCAAGUAGAGCCUAGCAAGACCUCAGUUCCGAGUGAGCUUGUCACUUUUGGACCCAGCUCUAAGCAACGGCCAGUGGUCUGCAGUGUGCCUCCCAGGCUCCCACCAGCUGCGGUCCACUCCCAACCCGACCAUGAGGGCAUCAUUAAGAGAACAUGGUCAGGCGAGGAGAUGGUGUACCCAGGCCGAGCCACAGUCUGGCCCCCUACGUACUCCAGGAAGGAACACUGGGAAUACCCGCGUUCUGAAGUGACCCAGGGUCCUCUGCCACCCUCACCUCACCACAGUGCAGCCUCAGCCAUGAUGCCAGAGCCCAGUGGCCUCUAUGGGGGCUUCCCCUUCCCCCUGGAGCUGGAAAACAAGCGGGCACCCCUCCCACCCCGUUACAGCAAUCAGAACCUGGAAGAUCUGAUACCCCCACGGCCCCCCAGCCCCCGGGAGCACCUGCUCGCUCCCUGUCUCAAUGAGUACACAGCCAUCAGCUACUAUCACUCGCAGUUCCGGCAGGGAGGGGGUGGGCCCUGCCUGGCAGAGGGGGGCUACAAGGGAGUGAGUAUGCGCCUCAGCAGGGCUGGGCCCUCGUAUGCUGACUGUGAGGUGGCAGGUGGGCCUCCUGCAGGCCGGGGCCAGCCCCGGGCUCCCCCCAACUAUGAGGGCUCAGAUAUGGUAGAAAGUGAUUACGGGAGCUGUGAGGAAGUCAUGUUCUAG